AUGCUGCAGACUAUGUGGAAUAUCUUUCUGCAAACAACCUGACUCUUUAGACACAAGGAUGUCUUGGCCUCUUCUGUACGCUCAGUUAUUCGCAGUGAACCGUCACUCCACCAGCCUGGGUAAAGUCUGGCUCUCUGUGCUCUUCAUCUUCCGGGUCAUGGUGCUGGUUGUUGCCGCUGAGAGCGUGUGGGGAGAUGAACAGUCUGACUUCACCUGUAACACACUACAGCCUGGCUGUGAAAAUGUCUGCUAUGAUCAGUUCUUUCCUGUCUCACACAUCCGUCUCUGGUGUCUCCAGCUCGUCUUCGUCUCCACACCAACACUCCUGGUUGCAAUGCACGUGGCCUAUCGGAACCACAGCGACAAGAAGAGGCUGCUGCAGGGGUCUGGUAGAUCUGGUUUCCUCAGCAACAAAAGCCAGGAGGAAGAGUUGGAGACACUGAAGACACGGAGACUCCCAAUAGCUGGCGCCCUCUGGUGGACAUACGCAUGCAGCCUGGUGUUCAGGCUGCUGUUUGAAGGAGGCUUCAUGUACGCCCUAUAUGUGGUCUAUGAUGGUUUCCAGAUGCCACGGCUGGUACAGUGUGACCAGUGGCCGUGUCCUAACAUGGUGGACUGUUUCAUCUCACGGCCCACUGAGAAGACCGUCUUCACCGUCUUCAUGGCCACUGCGUCCUCCAUCUGCAUUGUCCUCAACAUGGCCGAGCUGGCCUAUCUCGUUGCCAAGGCUGUCACUAGAGGUUUCAGGAGUCAGAGGAAGAGAACCUCAUGCAGCAGAACCAGCAGAGAGAAGCUGCAGAAUAAGACAAACCAGAAGUUACUUGUCUUAAACUGAGGGAGCAGCAAUAAAGUGGAUGAUUCUCACAUGAGAAAGACUUUAUUUCAGGCUGUGGUGGAGCAAAAAGUAAAAGUGGACAUUUUUCUAUGACACCAGUUGAGGGUUUGAGAAGAUGUCAACACCUCAAGUGAAUCUCUGUGAUUCUCAGCUCUUUGUUUUUCAUAGAUUCUUUUUUUGUUAAUACAGUUGUAUAGUAGGAUUAUGUACAGACUAUAUAUUCAGAUGUAUAGUAAUGAUUUAGUGAUGUAGAAACACAGAUGCAGACGAAUGCUUUUAUUUUUCUCACUUUCAAUCACUGAGCUUAGAUGCUCAAACUGCU